AAAGCCAAGACAAAGGUAAAAAAGAAUACAGUCACUGUAAUAGCAUAAUUAAAAUUGAGGACUUUUGCUGUCCACGAAAGAACGAUCCGCAAUAUAAAUAUUCAACCAGUAAUAAAUGUUAUGAACAAUGCAAAAAUAGGCAAAAAGAAGUAGAUGUAAUCUCUAGCAAAAGAAAACAACUUGAAACUAAUCUAACUGUGAUUACAGGUUCAAUUACAGCUGUAAAUUCUAAUCAAACUGAUUUAUAUAUAGAUCUUAAACAACUUAAAACUAAUCCAACUGUGAUUACAGGUUCAAUUACAGCCGUAAAUUCUAGUCAAACUGAUUUAUAUAUGGAUCUUGAACAAGAUAGUAAUGCUUCUGAAGAUUCGGCAUCAG